CCACAUGCAAUUUCACGAUUGUUAAUUAUUUCCUUUUUUUCACCGUUAUUUCAGAUAUAGACGAGUGUAAGAAUGCGACACUGAAUAAUUGUGGUGAAGGGUUUGAUUGUGUCAAUACUCCUAGUUCAUAUAUAUGUGUUUGCAAUGGAACGAUACUAAAUGGAGAAUGUGAUAAAGAUGUUAAACGAUAUCUUGUUCAGUUAACAAUAAAACAAAGCUAUACAGCGGCGCUUGGCAAUGCAAACUCUCAAGAGUUUAGAAACUUGAAGACAAGGAUAGAAAACGCGACCGUGACAGUAUUCAACAAAACGGGCAACGAAAAGUAUUUAGACGUUGAAGUAACCAAGUUCAGUCAACCCACCAGCUCUGGAAGCGUUAUCGCGGAUAUGAGGAUGUUUUUCAGAAAAGAAGAUGAAACUGGCAUAAAGGAGCUGCUAGCUGCUGUACGAAAUAACUCAUUUGGUGAUUUUGAUGUCGAUCCUGACGCUCUUCAAGUUCUUAGAAAUGGCACAUGUCCCCAAAAUGGUCCUGGUAUCUGCCCGGCCGAUUCAACAUGCGAAACGUUGACGGAGAGUACAAUUAAAUGCCGUUGCAAUGAUAGAUAUUACUUUGACGGUGUCGAAUGUAUAGAAAGCGUCGUUGUAACAGUUGUUGUAACCUUGGAUCGUGAGUUUACUAAAGCGUUGAAUAAUGAUACCUCAGACGAAUACGAGGAGUUAAAAAAGAAUAUCACGAAUCAGCUAAUCGAGACAUUUAAAGAUACCCCAAACUUUGAACGCGUGGAAGUCACGGGAUUCAGGAACGCGUCUAUUGCAGUAGAAUUUGUGGUUCAUUACCGAAAAGACCCAGAUACGAAUCAGAAAGUUGUCGUUGGCCAAACAUUGAGAGAAAAAGUUAUUAAAAAGGGAAAACUUGGAGAGUACAAAGUUAAAGGAAAAAUAUUGAUACAAGAACCACCUCCUCCACCAAAGGACUUUAAGAUUACUAAAACCACACAGAAAAGCUUUGAUAUCGCUUGGAAAAGACCCGCAGCGGACGAAUUUUUUACUAUCGAUUACAUAGUGAUGUACAAAGAACAAUCUGAUUCAAAAUACCAGGAAAAGGUAGUACCGUCGGGCAUCCUUAACGUAACAUUGAAUGAUCUGAAAACUGGUACACUUUACGACAUCACAGUGCACGGGUAUAAUGCCUAUGGCCGUGGAGAAAAGAUUGAAAUUGAAGAAAAAACAGAGGAGGAUGUAGACGAGUGUAAGAAUGCAAGACUAUAUAAUUGUGGUGAAGGGUAUGAUUGUGUCAAUACCCUUGGCUCAUAUGAAUGUGAUUGCAAUGGAAGGAGAGAGGGUGCAGAAUGUGUUAAAGGUUUUAUACGACAUCGCGUUCAGUUAACGAUAAAACAAGACUAUACAGCGAUCCUUGGCAAUAAAAGCUCUCAAGAGUUUAGAAACUUGAAAACAAGGAUAGAAAACACGAUGGUUACAGUAUUCAACAAAGCAGGCAACCAAAAAUAUUUAGCAGUUGAAAUAACCAAGUUUAGCCCUGAAAGCGAUAUCGCAGAUAUGGAGGUGCUAUUUAGACAAGGAGAUAAAACUGGCAUGAGGGAGCUGCUAGCUGCUGUACGAAAUAACUCAUUUGGUGAUUUUGAUGUUGAUCGUGACGCUCUUCAAGUUGUUAUAACGGGCACAUGUCCACCAAAUGGUCCUGACAUCUGCCCCACCCAUUCAACAUGUAAAACGUUGACGGAGAGAACAAUAAAAUGCCCUUGCAUUUCUGGAUAUUACUUUGACGGUGUUGAAUGUAUAGAAAACGUCGUUGUAACAGUUGUUGUAACCUUAGAUCGGGUGUUUACUAAAGCGUUGAAUAAUGAUACCUCAGACGAGUUAAAAAAGAAUAUCACGAAUCAGCUAACAGAGACAUUUAAAAGUACCCCAAACUUUGAACGCGUGGAAGUCACGGGAUUCAGGAAUGUAUCUCUCGUAGUAGAAUUGAGGGUUAUUUACCGGAGAGAUCCAGAUACUAAUAAGAAAGUUGUCGUUGGCGAAACAUUGAGAGAGAAGGUUAUUAAAGAAGGAAAAAUUGGGGAGUACAAAGUUAAAGGCAACAUAUUUAUAACAGAACCACCUCCUCCACCAAAGGAUCUUAAGUUUACUAAAAUAACGCAGAAAAGCAUUGAUAUCGCUUGGAAGAAACCCGCAGCGGACGAAUUUUUUAAAAUUAUUGGUUACAUGGUGAUCUACAAAGAACAAUCUGAUUCAAAAUACAAGACACAAGUAGUACCAUCGACCAUCCUUAAUGUAACAUUGAGUGAUCUGGAAACUGGUACACUUUACGACAUCACAGUUCAGGGGUAUAAUAAACAUGGCGGUGGAGACAAGAUUGCAAUUAAAGAAAAGACAAAGGAGGAUGUAGACGAGUGUAAGAAUAAGACACUAAAUAAUUGUGGUGAAGGAUAUGAUUGUGUCAAUCUUCUCGGCUCAUAUAAAUGUGAAUGCAAUGGGGUGAAAAAAGAUGCAGUAUGUCUUGAUCAAGGAAGUAUCACACGACAUCGUGUUCUGUUAACAAUAAAACAAAACUAUACUAAGGAUCUUGAAAGUACAGACUCUAAUGAGUUUCGAAAGUUGAAAAAAAGGAUAGAAGACGCGUUGGAUGCAUUAUUCGACAAAACAGACAACAGAGAAUAUGUGAGAGUUGAAAUAAACAAGUUUAGCUCUGGAAGCGUUAUCGCAGAUAUGGACGUGUUAUUUGAAAAACAAGAUGAAACUGGCUUGAAAGAGCUGAUAGCUGCUGUACGAAAUAACUCAUUUGGUGAUUUUGAUGUUGAUCGUGACGCUCUUGAAGUUGUUAUAACGGGUGCAUGUCCACCAAAUGGUCCUGACAUCUGCCCCGGAAAUUCAACAUGUAAAACGGUGUCCCCGAGUACAAUAAAAUGCCCUUGCAUUAAAGAUUUUUACUUUGACGGUGUUACAUGCAUAAGAAACGUCGUUGUAAAAGUUGCCAUAGUCUUAGAAAGAAAGUUUACUCCAGCGUUAAAGAACGAAAGCUCAGAAGAAUAUAUAGAGUUGAAAGAGAAUAUUACAAAUAAGCUAACGGAGGCUUUUAAAGAUACCCCAAACUUUGAACGUGUGGAAGUGACGGGAUUCAGGAACGGAUCUCUCAUAGUAGAAUUUAGGGUUAUUUACCGGAGAGAUCCAGAUACUAAUAAGAAAGUUGUCGUUGGCGAAACAUUAAAAAAGAAAAUUCUUGAUGAAGGGAAACUGGGAGAGUACACAAUUAAAGGCAAAAUAUUUAUACAAGAACCACCUCCUCCACCAAAGAGCCUUAAUCAUUCCAAGGUCACCGAGAAUAGAAUUGACAUUCGUUGGGAUAAACCUGCAGCGAACGACUUUUUCGAAAUUAUUGGUUACAUAGUAAGCCACAAAGAAAAGUCUCAAUUAAAGUACAAGACGCAGAAUAUGACAUCGGAUACAUUUAAUGUUAUAAUAAGUAAAUUGAAAAGUGAUACAUUUUACGACAUCACAGUCCAUGGAUAUAAUAAUGAGGGCAGCGGAGACAAAAUAGAAAUUUCAGUAAAGACAAAAGAAGAGGAUUCGUCUGAUGGUGUGGUGGUUAUUAUCAUUGUUGUUAUCGUGGUUGUGCUUCUUAUCACCGUCGGCAUUGUAGUUUUCUACAAAAUAAGAAAAAGAACAAGAGAAAGGCAUCUGGAACAACCAAUGCGUAUGGGUAAAAUGGGUGAGCCUAAAGAGUUUUACAAUCUUGGACAUAAGCAAGAUGAAAUGUCUAGAGGAGAUAACCCACAGAGUUGAAAUGAAGUCAAUAUUGAAAAUAAAAAAAAAAGUGUUAUAGAGGAAUGGUGAUAGUUUUUAACUUGACUUGAUGAUUGGAAUACAAACUAGUGCACAUAUAAGUACAUAUUUCAUUGUAGCUAUACUUAGUCUUUUUAUCUUUUCGAAUGGAAUCAUAUAUGACAUAAUUAUAUGUAAUUAUUUAAGGAUAUUUUUGCAUGCGAUAAAAAGUCUUAAGAUUUUUUUAAAGAUGUUUUAGUUUAAGGAAUAUUAUUUUGCAUUAAUAAUAUAACAACCCACGGUUGUAAAAUAACAUAAAAGCAUUUAGGCAUAUUCAGCUAGGCCUGUUGCUGAUGUGCCACUAGCUAAAGAGAUAAGACGCCGAAAGUACUUCCUUCUAAAAGCGA